AUGUCUCGCAACAUUUGCAUCACGGCCGUAGAAGGCCAAACCGGCUUCCUCAUCGCCGAGCUGCUCCUCAAAGAGGGCAAAUUCGCUCGCCAGAUCAACAGCAUCACGGGCCUGGCAUUGGACACUGAAUCGCCGCGAGCGCAAGAAUUCACCGAGCUGGGAGGGAAGCUUGUUCAGCAUCAGCCAGGCCGCGAGCGGACCAUGGUCAAGGCCCUCAAGGACAUUGGCUGCGACACCAUCUGCCUGGUUCCUCCCGCGCAUCGCGACAAGCUGGACAUUACCAUGGAGCUUGCGAAUGCGGUCAAGAAGGCCGGUGUGGCGAAUGUUCUGCUCAUCAGCUCUGCCGGCUGCGAUUAUGCAGACAGCCAGAGGCAGCCUCGUCUAAGAGAGUUUAUCGACAUUGAGAGCGCGGUUCUGGCGAGCAAGGGGGAUCCCCAUACGCCACUUGGCCAUUCGCCCUGCGUGAUCCGUGCUGGAUUUUACGCAGAAAACUUGCUGCUCUACUCGGAGCAGGCCAAGGCAGACGGAGUGCUCCCGCUGCCAAUCGGCGAGAAUCACAAAUUCGCCCCCGUUGCGCUGGGCGACAUUGCCCAUGUGGCUGCUCAUGUUCUCGCCGGCAAAGGCAAGCAUGGCUUCGAUGACAGGCACCGAGGCCAGAUGAUGAUUGUCACCGGACCUCAACUAUGCGCCGGCAAAGAGUUGGCCGAGGCAGCCAGCAAAGCGCUGGGCGUCAAUAUUGAAUUCGAAAACAUCUCCGAACGGGAAGCCAAGAGGGUUCUAUCCUUGCAGAGCGAAAGCGACGAUUCCGAAAAGGAGUUCAUCUUGGAGUAUUACAGCCUGGUCCGCGAGGGCAAGACCAACUACAUUGCUACGACGGCCUUCCAUGAUGUGACGGGCACUCAUCCCACGGAACCCAACGACUUCUUCAAGUCGUAUUCUGCCGACUUUCGGCCACGGAAAAAGGCAAAGCAUUGA